UUUUGAGUUUUGGAUUGUUGUUUUUAAUCUGUGAACACAUUUAUUCCGUGAACACUUAUACAUACAGAAGUAAUGUAUUUAGUGACUCAGUAAUAUUAAACUUUCAAUAUGGAAUUAUUUUUCAUCUUUAUGUUCAUCUGUAUGAAGCCCAUCUCUGAUGUCCCCCACCGUGAUAUUGCUGCAAUAUUGUUAAAAGCGGCUUAAAACUAAACUCACUCACUCGCUCAGUUUUCAUCUGACUUAGCCGUAUUAGUAAGAGGGUCAAAAUGGACUAACGUUGCAGUCAGUGAAGUUAUAAGCUGUUUUAUUGACGUUUUAUCACACUGUGCAUAAUCCUAUCUGCGAGAGUCACUGCCCAUUGCUGAUCACAUGUGUUAUGAUUGACUGGGGCACGUUAAAACGUCUUCAUUAAUUCGUCAGGGAUACUAUUACGUACCACUAAUUUAUCAUAUAUGCUAGUGUAAGCUUGUUCGAGUGUCAUUACUGUCCAUACGAGCUCAUUACAAAUAUGCUUCCACCUGUUGUUUUUUUUGUAACCAGCAACAGUCGACAUAUAAUCCUAUAAGCAAGAAUGAGAACUUCACCAAUAACGGCGACUGCAUGUGGAAUAAGAAGGUGAACGUUACCACAGAAUUCAAGUAUGUUUUCGAGGUACUUCUCUACAACAGAGGGUUUGCAGGCUCUGUAGUCAGUGUAAGCAAAGACAUAGUGGGAGGCGCCCCACUGCAGUCGGCAGUUAUGGAAUCUGUGAAAAAAGGAGCAGGAGAAACAGAGGAAACGGUGACACUGAACAUCUGCCCGAAGUGUCUGAAUGAUCGAACAAACGGUCAAGUAAAUAUCACCGGGAUGAUGGUGUGUAAGAAAGGAGCAAGCUGUGGACAACGCAGAAAACGUCGCGCAACAGCCUCUGCUGCGGACUAUAACAAAAUUGCUAACUGGAAUGUGGCCAGUGCAUAUAGUUUCAACGUGGAGUACAGGGCAACAAAGCCAGAUUGGCUUUGCUGGAAAUAUUCGUAAACCCACUUUGACCUU